UACCCUUUGUUGUAAAGGUAGCUAAUAAGACAACCUGGCUAGCUAGCUAGCUUUUCAUAGUUUUCAGUAUCUUCAGCCCCUGGUGCCUUGAUGACCGUAACGUUAGCUGGGGACUUAACCGUUUUGUGCAUCCUUAUUUUUAGCUUUUAGGUGCAGAUAUCUCUUUCGUCUUUGACUGACACUUGCUAGAUGUAAUUCAGCGUUGGUUUAGUUGUAGGUUUGCAUUGCAAGCUAGCCCGCUUGCUCAACUAGCUGGUGAGCUAGUUAGCAAGCUAGCAUUAUUCUGAAGCUGGAUUCUGAAAUAGUCAUUUAUGUACUAUGUUCGCUGUAAUUUGAAAUGACGCCAUAUUUUGAGGUAAAAUCUUAACGUUAUGGAAAUGGCCUGUUGAAAUGGUUACGCUGGUGGCUACAUUGUUAGUGGAAGGUUAGAAGUAGGUGGGUAACUAGCAUUAGCUAGGAUUCCAAAUAACGUCAGAUAAUUGUAAAAGGUGGUUCUAAGUUAGGUUAGCACCAAAAGCAGCCCUACUAGCCAGCUUGGUAGCAGCUAGGUAGUUAGCUGUUAUCGGUAAGUUUUCAGCAUCAAUCUGCAGUGCAUUCUGAGUUCCCAUCAGUCGGAAAUGUACAGGUUAGUUGAGUUCACAGACACCAGCUGCUUAAACAUAAUUCCUGAUGACUGGUAUGACAACGGAAUAACAUGGUGGCCAAACUACAAAAAUGACCAAAAGAUAAACAAUGCCAUACAACGAAGGGAGAAGCCUAAGUCCGACUGGUCUUGCUUUGCUGUGCGGGAAUUGUCCAAAGCAGGUUCAUACCAAGAAGCGAGAAUGAAACUGAAGAGGGCCAUGACUUGCAACAACACAGACCUCCAAAGAGAAGGAGAUGACGACGGCACAAGCAAAAAAAGAAGACCAAGUGACAAACUUUUGGAGCUGGAGGACUCCGAGGAGGAGCGCAGUAAAAAGCUCAAGAAGAUGACCUCUACAGCAGCCUUCCCUGCUUCCUACGUCAGCCCAUCGCCACACUUCUUUGCAAUGAUGCCUGAACAGACGCCCAUGGCAGCAGGAAGGACCAGCACCGUACGAAAGGGCCAGGAAACGUCCACUCGAGACGCCAUGCAUGAAAAGACUGCAAGGCCGUCCCAGACGUCAGAGGCCGCCUGCUGCAGCUGGGAGCCCUCUUCCUUCAGAGAUAUGCUCAUGGAACUAGCUCCAAUAACAGCUGCACGGUCCAUACUGGAGAAUAGGGAUUGGGAUUCACAAACGUCCUUCAGAGGAAUGAUACAACAUGAACAGCAGAGCGUAGCCACAGGCUCCAGUGCAUGGGAGUCACUGACGUCCUUCAGAGAGAUUAUGCAUCAGCAGGGUCCCAUGGCAACGGGUUGGUCCUUGGAAACAUCUAGCAGAGAGCUGAGUUCUGAUAACGCCUCCACCGGGCCCACUGAAUCCAGACACCGGGACUGGGGCGCCUCCACGACCUGCAGAGAGACGACUCCUGAUCAGCCACCUACUGGAGGCUCAGAGCCAAGAAGCAGCGAGAGCGCAGCCCCUACAGCCUGCAGAGAGACUGAAGUUUCUUCAACAUCCAUGACUUUCCGGAAUGGACGUGGUGACCAAAUUCCAUGCAAUGCAGCAGAAUUCCACCUGCUGAACAUCAUGGAGUCCCUGCGGCAGCAGCAGAUGCAGCACGCCGUGGCCCUCAACACCAUCAUCAACAUCCUGCAGGGCCGCGUGAACGCCCGCAACGCUGCCGGCGACGCCUCCAAGGACCCGGCCGAGAUGCCGCAGGACAUCUCCUACCCGCUCAUGGACCUGCGGGAGCUGGAGAAGCAGGAGGUCUGGCUGGAGAACGCAGCCAACACGCUGGCCAAGACCAAGAUGAUUGCAUACCUUGGAGCCAUUGGCGGCAAGGACUUGAAGACCACCGUGUGGAAGAUCAUGUCCACACUGAUUCAUAACAACCUGGGCAAACAGCUCAACUGGAAAGGGGUGAACGACAAGCGAGCCUUUAGCUCCUUGUUGCUCAAAUCUGUCAUCAUACGUGGUGUUCGGAAAAAUCCCCACUACACAAAAACCACAGACUCUGAGAUUGAGAAGCUGAUAAUCCGCUGGCUGAAUCUGGCCGGAGACCGCGACGGGGGCAGGAAACAGCGUGAGCUGGCCAAGCGUGGGCUGAACAUGCCCGACCACGCCAAAGGCCUCCAGCCGCCCAAACCCAUGCCCCCUGGCACCAGCUCCGCCGCCACUGACGCGGCCGCCGCCGCUGCCCGAAAACUGCCCGACCACCUCAACAAAGCCCAGAACCGGCCCCGCACGACAGACCCCCGGGCGCCCGAACCCACCGAGUCCGAGCGGCUCCGCGAUCAGAUGGACCCAAACCUGAACCGGCCUGAGAACAGCUGGACCCUGUUCCAGUCGUCGGCGCCGGUUCUGAUGGACCCCAGGAACGUCCGGCUGAACUUGUAGUUGACCGCGGCACUUCUCACUUCUCCAGCCCACUGAUGCGUCAGCACUGCAGCAGUGAUGUACAUAGGCACACAGUAAGGCCAUAUAAUGACAAUAUUUAAGUCUAUAUAUCAUUUGUACUAUUAUUAGUAUUAUUGUUAUUAUUAUUAUUAUUAUUAUUAUUAUUAUUAUUAUUAUUAUUAUUAUCACAAGAUUAUUAACCUUACGGGGUAAAGGCACAAAUAGUCAUGAUUGACUAUACCUUAAAUGUUAAAGCCAUUCUGGGUUUAUAUAUAUAAAAAAAAAAACAUCAGUUGAAUCCAGUUUAGCCAUUAUGCUGUUUCACAUGUAAAAUAAGCUAAACAGCUCCUCAAGGUCCGAACCCAAAAACAAAGAGUUUGAUUUGUUUAUCGGUAUAUUGUUAUGAUCGCUGUAUUCUCUCUGUUCAUGUUUUUGUUUACCUUUGAUGAAAAGCACAUCCAUGAUUGUAUUUGUGCGUUCUGUGCGGUCUCUGCGGUUUGAAUAGCCUGCCUCGCAUGGUCCAUGUAGUCACUGAUUCAAACUGGAGCAUGUUUGUUUGUUUUUUUCUUAUCGUUGGCUGCGUUGUUUAAGUCACUUUUCUCAAGUCUGGUCUGGGUUCUCAUUCCCAUUUACAUCAGUGCCGACACAGACCCAAAGACAUCCAAUCAGAGCUAGUCUGGUUCUGGCUGGCUUAGGUACAGUUUUGGGUCUACAGGUCCCGCAGUGGACCUCUGAGGUCCGAUUACAGAGACAGCACACACAUGCACAUCAUACUCUGUUUAAUUUAAUAAAAAAAAUAAUGUGACAAAUACAAUCUUUUGUAAAUUAAUCUUUUUAAGAACCAAAAACGAUGAACCUAUGUAAAAUGAUUAGCCACUGGUGACACUGAUUACCACUGUAUAGAAUCUGAAAAAUAGUUAUGAUUCAGCACUUACAUCAAGCCAACCAGUAGGUUUAGUCAAUUCAGAUUCAAUUCAGAUCUAUACAUUUCGUAUUGAAAACUGACAAAGGUUUAACAGUUAAUCUGGGUUAAAUCCCAAUCUGAAUUGGGUAUUAGAGAUUGCGUCGUGGUGACUCAUAUUUGAGGAGUCCUGUAGGUUUGUCUGUAUCCUGCAGCCUUGAAACACUUGCUCAGUGUGACUUAACGGUGAAUGUGGUAAGUAACCUUGAAUGUUGAAAAAAUGUUGAUAUCUUUGGACAUGAAGAUAUUCUAUGAAAUUUCAAUUCUGAUUUACACCUUGAUAAAAAAUGACCAAUGAGAAGAAUAGUCUUUAAUUUGUUCAUUAGAACUUCCAAAUACAUGGCAAUGGUGAGAUUACAUAGUAUGUUAACAAGUACACCACCUGAUGGAAUACUAAAACAUGUCUCCUUAUUAGAAAAAAAAUUAAAUAUAUUUAAAUAUACUGAGACUACAGUUAAUAAACCUGCAGUCUAUGUCCUCAUACAUAAUAACAUAAUGCUGAUUUUAUAAGAUCAACCAGGUUGUUAUUAUUACUACAACCUCGCUAUCGUUUAGACAUGCGAAGAUGAUUUCCUGCAAGUACACAAGUAAUAUUUUAUUAUUAUUAACUUUGUGAAAUGCGUCAAAUAUAAAAGUAUACAUUUGUAUAUAAAUGUGUUUUUUCAGAUUUUUCUGAAACAAGCACACACUUCUUCAAUUUGGUUCAUUGUGAAGAUAGGUAAGACUAAGGCAAAGAUAGUGAAGAUGAAGCUAGGUAUUCCAUUUUCUAAGAUGGCUAAAUGAACCCAUGAAAAACUUCCAGAUGGUUUCUGUCCUAGCUCACCAUAAGGGCCUCGCUGAAGGCAACAUCCAGAUGCAACAUCUGGGUAACAACAUCAGUGGGCCACGUCCCUCCCUGGGAAACGCUAAUCAAAACAAGUCCCUCAAACAGUGACUCACUUCCAACUUUGGGCCCAAAAAACAACAAGCCACAACUGCAAGUAAUUGCAGGUGGCCUGAUUUUGAGAGGGGAAAAGCCCCAGUCAUGACUAUGAUCACCAUGGCAGUAGAACAGAGAUACUUCAUGAAAGCAGAGAAAAAAAGGACAGAUAUCAGAGAUGCUGCGAAGGUGGUGUGGGGCCACCAGUCCAUGUCAUGCUCUCUACGCAGAGCAGUUCUUUAUCUGAUGUCCCUUCACGAGACAAGUCAGUGGUCUAGCGCGGUAUAAAACUCAGCUGCUAAUCGAGACGAGCUGCCAGCCAGAAGUUUUGGUCUGAAACACUAAGGAGUUUCGGUUGAAAUAUUUUUAAAAAGCAUAUUCGUAAAUCUGAAGCAUGUAGCUGUGUAGAAGCUAUAUGUUAUUUUCAAAAAAAUAUAUGGUUGAUAUGUCUGUAUGUUGUGACAACGACCAGCUGGAUUAUAAAUCAAGCAAAGUUUAUAGAU